UCUCGAAUCCAGCCCUAGCCUCCAGAACCAGAACGCUCUAGCCUCUCUCUGUCUCUCACACUCAGUCCAGAGCUCCUGGUCCUCCCUUACUUCCGUCCAGCCACCGCCUGCUACCGCCGCCGUCGGAACUUCCAGCUUCGAAGAGCCACCACCUGCUCCCUCACUUCCCCUCCAUCGCGCAGCAGCCGUCGCAACCUUCCUUCCCCUCCAUCGCGCAGCCACCGUGCGAACGUGGAAACCUCCGUCGCGCAGUCACUGUGCCGUCGGUGCCAGCUCUGUUCCACUGCAGCCACUGCCCGUUCGAAGGCCGUUCGAAGCCCAUUCGAAGGUGAACCUUGUCGUGGGGUCUCCCUCUUGCGUGCUCUCUUCAAGUCUUCUAGCUUCUAGGUUGAAUUAUUAUCGAAUAAUUUUGACUUAUGAAUCAUGGAACGCAAAGUGAAUACUUUCUCCAAGUUCUACAAUUUCUUGGAGGGUAGUCUUUUAUCUAAUGCUUUUACUUCGAGUGCUGGGACUGCCCCAUCCCUUUAAGCUGGCUGACUACGAACAGCCUUCUUCCUGACCGACCCUUGCAUGCGUGGAAGUGAAAGGAAAGUGAUGGAAGAGUGGGAGUUCCUGCUUUCAGUUCAAGGAAAGUUCUUUUCUAAUCGAUUGACUCGUGGAUCUUUCUGACUUCAAGUACCGAUCUUCUAUCAAAGGAACCUUUCCAGAAGUGCCCUUGGUUUGGUCCAGUCUGCAUUCUUCGCUUAGUGUCAAUUUUUUUUAUGAUAGAGUUAGGCUCGGGAUUAUUGGGUUGGAGUGAUUUGCUGUGGGUUCUUGUAAACCUGUGAUUUUGUACUUGUUAAUUCGUCCAAUAGUUGUUGUGAUUCUUGCAAUUGAGAUUAUUGGGUAUCUUUGCUCUUCUCAAAUUGUUAAUUUGCUAAAUUGUUGCUGUUAUUGUGAUUCUUGAGAUUGAAAUUGUCUUUAUUUUUUGUUAGUGGGCUGCUGGAUUUUCUAUUUGGAAUUUGUACUUGUUAGUUCAUUAAAUUGUUGUGAUUCUUGAAAGUUGAAAUUGAGAUUAUUGGGUUGCUUUGUUCUUAUCAAAUUGUUAAUUUGUUAAUUUGCUAAAUUAUUGGUGUUAUUGUGAUUCUUGAAAUUAAGAUUGUCUUUAUUUUUUGUUAUUGGGUUGUUGGAUUUUCUAUUCGAAUUUUAUACUUUGAUUCUUUAACCCUAGGUAUAAAUUUUGUUGAUUGAUUAAUUGAUUAGGGUAGGGUUGUGUUGUGUCAUUCCAAGAUGAAUAUAAUUGUUUUGCUUUGCGAUGCUUGCUGGUUGUUAUUUGAUCUCACCGCAUUUCAGCAUUUGAUCAAUGAAAUGUUUUGCAAACAUCCAGUUUUUGGUUUGCAUUUCCAUAUAUUGACUUGGAUUUAUACCUUACUAAGUUAUCCAACGGAAGUCAAGCUGAUCUCAUGAAAAUCCCAAAUGACUAAUAAGAUUGAAUGACAAACUUGGAUCAGUUGGAUGUUGGAAUUUUAUGUUUGGUUGGUUGUUUUUGUUAUUUGACUUUUAAGUUUGUAUUUGAAUGAGAUCAUAACAUUCUGGCUUAUGUAGUAUUUUUAAUUUGGAUGAUAUUUUAAAGUUUAUGUUAGAAUAUAAUUAUGUUUUAAUGUGUUUAUCUAUAUUUUAUUUAUUAUUUUAUUAUAAAACGGUUUUUUCGUUUCAAUCAUGGUCGAACCGGUUGAACCUAUGAACCAGUGAACCAGUAGCUAGAGCGGCUUGAUGACCGGUUCGGUUUUCAGAACCUUGGAGUUAACCACUAAAUGAAUACAAGUAAGAAUGACAAUAAAGCAUGCUCAUCAAGGAAAAAAAACAAAGAAGAAGAAGAAGAAGAUUACAGUUUUUUUCAAAUAUUAAACCUCUCUUCCUUUCUUCCUCGCCAUGCCCUUUCCUAAGCCCAUGCCCUAUUCUUACCUAUCUUACCAGAACCUCUACGAAACACUCAAGCAUUGCUCCUCCCUCAAAUCCCCACGCAGCGCCCGGGUGCUCCACGGCCACCUCAUCUUCUCCGGCUGGUACGCCUCCGUCUUCUUGCGCAAUAGCCUCCUCCACGUCUAUUCCAAUUGCCACCUCACCGACGAUGCCUUCCGCCUCUUCCACGAGUCCACCACUCACCGCAAUGUCUUCACUUGGAAUGCCAUCAUCCAUGCGCUACUCUCUUCUGGUCAGGUCUCCCAUGCACAACACCUGUUCGACGAAAUGCCCCAACGAGACUCCGUCUCUUGGACAACCCUCAUAUCUGGCUACUCUCACAAUGGCCUCCCAGCUCAUAGCAUCCAGACCUUCGCUUCCAUGCUCCAGGAAUUCGAAUUUCAUAAUGGUCAAACUCAGGACAAAUUUGAUCCUUUUUCGUUUACUUGUGUAAUGAAGGCUUGUGGCUGCCUCAGAUGCACUCCUUUCGCUCUUCAGUUGCAUUCCCUUGUGGUCAAAUUACGUUUAGGAGCCCAUAUCAGCAUCCAAAACGCCCUUGUUGAUAUGUACAUUAAAUGUGGAGCGAUUGGGUUCGCUGAGAGUGUCUUCUUUGGCAUUGAGGAGCCCAGUUUGUUCUGUUGGAACAGCAUGAUUUACGGUUAUUCAAGGUUGUAUGGAGCUUAUAAGGCUCUUGAUUUGUUUGCUCGGAUGCCGGAACAUGAUUCUGUUUCAUGGAACACUUUGAUCUCAGUUUUCUCUCAGCACGGCCUUGGGGUCAAAUGCCUUUUCUUGUUUUUAGAGAUGUGUGAUAGGGGGUUUAACCCGAUUUUCAUGACCUAUGGUAGUGUACUCAGCGCGUGUGCCAGCAUUGGUGAUCUUGAAUGGGGUGCACACUUGCAUGCUCGGAUUCUUCGCGUGGAGCAUGGCUUAGAUGCCUAUUUGGGAAGUGGUUUGAUAGAUAUGUAUGCUAAGUGUGGACGUUUAGAAUUGGCGAGGCGCGUGUUUGACUGCUUAGAGGAACGCAAUGAAGUUUCUUGGACUUGCUUGAUCACUGGUGUGGCUCAGUUUGGACUUGAAGAAGACGCUCUGGCAUUGUUUAACCAAAUGAGACAGGCUUCUGUUGUGUUGGAUGAUGUUACCCUUGCAACUGUUCUUGGGGUUUGUUCAGAACAAAAUCAUGCUGCUAUUGGGGAGCUGCUUCAUGGAUAUACAAUCAAAAGUGGUAUGGAUUCUUAUGUUCCUGUAGGGAAUGCAAUUAUUACAAUGUAUUCAAAGUUUGGCAAUUUUGAGAAAGGUUAUCUUGCAUUUAGUUUGAUGCCGCUUAGAGAUACUAUAUCAUGGACAGCCAUGAUCACUGCCUUCUCUCAGAAUGGAGACAUUUCCAGAGCUCGUGAAUGUUUUGAUUUAAUGCCUGAGCGCAAUGUCAUCACUUGGAACUCAAUGCUAAGCACAUAUGUUCAACAUGGGUUAUCGGAAGAAGGACUGAAGUUGUAUGUUCUGAUGAGAAGAAGAGGAGUAGAACCAGACUGGAUCUCUUUAGCUACUUCAAUUAGGGCAUGCGCUGACUUAGCUGUUGUAAAACUUGGGAUGCAAAUUGUAUCUCAUGCCAUUAAGUUCGCCCUUAUAUCGGAUGUUUCAGUUGCAAAUAGUAUUGUUACCAUGUAUUCAAGAUGUGGGCAAAUCAAAGAAGCACAGAAAGUUUUUGACUCAAUAUAUGUGAAAAACCUCAUUUCCUGGAAUGCUAUGAUGGCAGCAUAUGCUCAAAAUGGUUUAGGCAAGAAAGUAAUUGAGACAUUUGAGGAUAUGUUGAAGACCGAGUGCAAACCUGAUCACAUUAGUUAUAUUUCUGUUCUAUCUGGCUGCAGCCACAUGGGGCUUGUAGUAGAGGGUAAACAUUACUUCAAAUCCAUGACUAAAGUUUUUGGUAUUUCUCCUACAAGUGAGCACUUUGUUUGUAUAGUAGAUAUGCUUGGACGAGCAGGGAUGCUAGACGAGGCAAAGGAAGUGAUAGAUGAAAUGCCUUUUAAGCCGAAUGCUACUGUUUGGGGGGCUCUACUUGGAGCCUGCCGAAUCCAUCAUGAAUCACAUCUAGCAGAAACUGCCUUGAAGAAUUUGGUGGAAUUAAAUCCUGAAGAUUCUGGUAAUUAUGUCCUUCUAGCAAAUAUAUAUGCUGAAUCUGGAGAGUUAGAAGGUGUUGCUAAUAUGAGAAAGCUAAUGAAAGUGAAGGGAAUUCGAAAGAGUCCAGGCUGUAGCUGGAUAGAGGUUGAUAACACGGUACAUGUAUUCACCGUAGAUGACACCAAUCAUCCACAGAUAAAGGAAAUUUAUAUAAAACUGGAGGAGAUGAUGAAGAAGAUAGAACAUACAGGAAGAUAUAUUAGUCCAGUUUCUUCUCCCCAUAGGAGUCAGAAAUACCAUAGUGAAAAGCUUGCCUUCGCUUUUGGGUUACUGAGUUUGCCAUCUUGGAUGCCUUUAUAUGUGAUGAAAAAUCUCCGUGUCUGCCAUGAUUGUCACUCGGUAAUAAAGCUAUUGUCUUUUGUCACCUCAAGGGAACUUAUCAUGAGAGAUGGAUUUCGAUUUCAUCAUUUUAAGGAUGGGGUUUGCUCGUGUAAAGAUUAUUGGUAACAUGUGGUACAUAUUCUAUAUUUGCUCCCUCCCACAUUUCUCUUGUUAAUUUCUUCUUUCCUUCUCAACAUUUAUUAUUAUUGAAAAAUCUUGCGAUGUAUCGCAUUUAUGGAAAUAAUUUUCGCUUGUUCUACAGCACCAUUGCAUGUCUACAUUGGUUUUGCAUUUUGGUUUGAUAUUGAAUUUAAUUGGCCAGCAAUAGCACCAAGCAAUUAUCAUUAAUCAACUCCUUACUGAUAAUCAUCUAGUGCACAGUAGUUGCAGGAGAGAAAGUGGACAAAUCCUGACUCCUGUCCACUGCACCAGAGGACCCUCCAGCACAUUGGGAGCAGGCAUUCAUAUACUAUUAUGAUCCCCAUAGAGCUGGAACAAGAUCCAGUAAUUGAAGGUUCAGUGUCAUUGACACAAAGCAAAGAAGGUGCUCGGUUCAUUCAUGGAUAUUCAAUUCACGUUAAGUUUAUGUGAGAUGAGACAUUUAUCUAAUCUAUGAAAGAUUCUCCUUCUUUGACAAUUCAU